CUUUUGUAAGCAUUUUUUCCUCUAAACAAUUGCGACACCAUUGCGACACCUCAACACUAGAAAGUGGCGAAGGAAUAUCGAGAGAGGUAAAAAGACGAAGAUGAUGAUGCGCUUUCACAAAGUUUAUCAUCGCCUCUCUGUCUCCCUUCUCCCUUCACCGCCCCCUCCUGCUCUCCCCGCUGCUCUUGAAAUCAAUCUCCGCCAAUUUGCCUCCGGUCACCUGAGAACUCAACUCCCAAGCUCUGCCCGCCGGCGGCGCUCAAUCAUGUCUUCCGCCCGUUCUAGGCUGCGAAACCUCGCCCCGGUCAACGCAGCAGCAGAAGACGUUGGCGGCAUAUCCAGUGUCGCCGGCACCGCUGCUUCUUCCACCGAUGUCGCCGACUAUUACGAAGAAGCGACAGAGGGAAAGUAUCAAAUUCCUCCACCCGCGAUAAGAGACAUCGUUGAUGCGCCACCCCUCCCUGCAUUGUCGUUUUCACCUCAGAGGGACAAAAUUCUGUUUCUGAAGCGGAGGGCUCUGCCUCCGCUGUCAGAACUAGCUAAACCGGAGGAAAAGCUGGCUGGUAUGCGUAUAGAUGGCAAGUGCAACUCUAGGAGCAGGAUGUCGUUCUACACUGGAAUUGGCAUUCAUCAGUUGAUGCCAGAUGGUAGUCUAGGGCCAGAGAGGGAGGUUUGUGGGCUGCCAGAGGGGGCCAAAAUCAAUUUUGUUACUUGGUCCCUGGAUGGUAGACAUUUGUGUUUCAGCAUCCGCCUUGGUGAGGAGGAGGAGGAGGAUAACAACAGCAGUAAGCUGACUGUAUGGGUUGCUAAUGUGGAAACUGGGCUAGCUCGACCACUGUUUCAGUCGCCUGAUAUUUAUCUAAAUGCUGUUUUUGAUAAUUUUGUGUGGGUGGAUGACUCAACUUUGCUUGUUUGCACCAUCCCAAAGUCUCGUGGGGCACCACCCAAGAAACCUUUGGUCCCAUCUGGCCCGAAAAUUCAGUCUAAUGAGACUAAGGACAUUAUCCAAGUAAGAACCUUCCAGGAUUUGCUGAAGGAUGAAUAUGAUGAAGAUCUGUUUGACUACUAUGCCACCUCACAGCUUGUUCUAGCUUCUCUGGAUGGUACUGUGAAGGAAAUUGGCACACCAGCUGUGUAUACAUCAAUGGAUCCUUCACCUGAUGAGAAGUAUCUUAUGAUCAGUUCUAUUCACAGGCCAUAUUCCUAUAUUGUGCCAUGUGGGAGAUUUCCAAAAAAGGUAGAAGUGUGGACAAUUGAUGGGAAAUUCGUGAGAGAGCUUUGUGAUUUGCCCCUUGCGGAAGACAUUCCGAUUGCCUUCAAUAGUGUUCGCAAAGGAAUGCGCUCAAUCAAUUGGAGAUCAGAUAAGCCUGCAACUAUCUAUUGGGCAGAGACACAGGAUGGGGGUGAUGCGAAAGUAGAAGUAUCUCCUCGGGAUAUCAUCUAUAGUCAACCUGCUGAUCCGGUAGAAGGUGAAGAACCAGAAAUCCUGCACAAGCUUGAUUUUCGCUAUGGCGGAAUUUCUUGGUGUGAUGACUCACUAGCCUUGGUUUAUGAAUCAUGGUACAAGACAAGGCGGAUAAGAACCUGGGUAGUAUCUCCUGGAUCUAAAGAUGCUACUCCACGCAUAUUAUUUGACAGGUCAUCAGAGGAUGUGUACUCUGAUCCUGGUUCUCCCAUGCUGAGGAGAACAAGUGCUGGUACGUAUGUGAUUGCAAGGAUAAAGAAACAAAAUGAUGAAGGCACAUAUCUUCUGCUGAAUGGAAGUGGUGCCACGCCUGAAGGGAAUAUUCCAUUCCUUGAUCUUUUUGACAUAAAUACCGGCAGCAAAGAACGUAUUUGGCAAAGUGACAAGGAAAAGUAUUUUGAGACUGUUGUUGCAUUAAUGUCCGAUGACAAUGAAGGGGACCUCCACCUAGAUCAGUUAAAGGUUUUGACAUCCAAGGAGUCGAAAACGGAGAACACCCAGUAUUAUAUCCAGAAGUGGCCAGAAAAGAAAGCAUUUCAGAUUACAGCUUUCCCUCACCCAUACCCACAGUUGGCGUCCCUGCAGAAGGAGAUGAUUAGGUAUCAGAGAAAAGAUGGAGUUCAACUGACCGCAACAUUGUACUUGCCACCUGGCUAUGAUCCCUCCAAAGACGGCCCACUUCCUUGUUUGGUAUGGUCUUAUCCUGGGGAAUUUAAGAGCAAAGAAGCUGCAGGACAGGUUCGUGGUUCUCCUAAUGAAUUUCCAGGCAUAGGGUCUACAUCAGCUCUUCUUUGGCUAGCUAGGAGGUUUGCCAUUUUAUCUGGACCAACAAUUCCUAUUAUUGGGGAGGGCGACGUGGAGGCUAAUGACAGCUAUGUAGAACAAUUAGUUGCAAGUGCUGAGGCAGCUGUUGAGGAAGUCAUCCGACGUGGUGUUGCUCAUCCCAGCAAAAUUGCGGUUGGUGGACAUAGCUAUGGUGCCUUCAUGACUGCAAACCUGUUGGCGCAUGCCCCUCAUCUUUUCUGCUGUGGAAUUGCUCGUUCAGGAGCUUAUAACAGAACACUUACACCUUUCGGUUUUCAGAAUGAGGAUAGAACUCUUUGGGAGGCUACGAGUACCUAUGUCGAGAUGAGUCCUUUCAUGUCAGCCAACAAAAUUAAGAAGCCAAUAUUGCUUGUCCACGGGGAAGAAGACAACAACUCAGGAACCCUAACCAUGCAGUCGGAUCGAUUCUUCAAUGCUCUAAAAGGUCACGGUGCGCUGUGUCGCUUGGUCAUUCUUCCGUUCGAGAGUCAUGGGUAUUCUGCGAGAGAGAGCAUAAUGCACGUCCUUUGGGAAACAGACAGAUGGCUGCACAAGUACUGUGUCCCAAACACCUCUGAUAUAAAUGCAGAGCUCGAUGCAUGCAAAGACAAUCCAAGUCAAGAAACCAGUGAGAGUAAAGUUGCAGCGGGCAGUGGGGGUGGAAACCCAGAGCAGGCAGAUGACGAGCAUGAUCCUGAUCAUCAUUCCGUACGAAGAUCAUCAUUAUGACUUCAGCUGCAAAGGACCGGGACUGAACCAAGCUUCGUACACUGAACGUGUUGGUGGUCUUUAGCAUGGCGGAGGCAAGCUCCUCCAAAUCGCCAGUUUCCAGUGACUUGCCUAGAAAAAAAGCAGUGAUCGCAUGAAGGUCGAAAAGUCAUACCGCACCAGCUAUCCCAUCUAGUUUCAAUAUUUCUACAUGUCCGUCUUGUUCAUGCUUUGUUGUGUAUUACAAGUACUUGUGUACCGUUAUUAACAUACGGCAAAGCCUGCAUACACAUUUGAUAAUGGACAAAAAUAAUCCCAAUUCUCCCUCUUCUUUGUCUUCAUGAAUCGUCGUUUCUUUAUUAAGAUGCUAAUUGUUUGUAGAUCCUGCAUUGUUAAUGAAUAGAGAGAACUCAGUUGGAAACAAUUCGUGCUCCAAAUUCGAGCAUUCACACAAUGCUCUUAAAGUCUAUUCAUUUCAACAAUCCACGAUUCAAUCCAACCCAGAUGAAGUAAAUACAGGUUGAA